AAAAAAGGGUACAGACAUGCGCACAACGUACAGUGAAGAAACAAACGCGUUUGUUUGUGUUCUUCUGUAGCUCCCUCUUGCAUGAGUUGUGGGUGUACAGGACAUGAGUGGAGAUGAAUGAGGACACAUUCGAGGUCUCUGAGAGGACCGAGUAUCGCUACCUGGUGCAGGAGGAGGAUGAGGAGGAGGUGCAGUAUGUCCGUCACAGACACUAUAUCAGCCCCUUCCUGGUUCUCUCCAGACGCUGCAUCUUCCUCAUCGCCUUGGGCGUGCUGUCCCUGCUCUGUCUGGCUGCGUACAUGGCCUACGUAGCCCAGACACUGCCUCCAGGGAUUGCCCGGGUGUCAACUGACUGUGGUGACUACCGAGGAACGCAUAAAAAUGGAGCCUACUCCUUCAAGGGUAUGCCUUAUGCUGCUCCUCCUGUUGGUGACCUGCGCUGGGCCCCCCCCGCCAACCCAGUGUGUGGGAGUGGGCUUCGAGAUGCCACCCGUUUCCGCAGCAUGUGCCCUCAGGUCCGCCCGCUGUCAAAUACAGGGAAGGUGAUGGGUCGGGAGGACUGUCUCUUUGUCAACGUUUGGACGCCCACCCUAAAGAGUGAAGCCAAACUGCCUGUCAUGGUUUGGAUCCAUGGAGGCUACCUGCACAUGUUUAGUGGAGGAGAAGAGGGCUACUCACCCACAGAGCAACUAGCUGCUGAAACCGAAGUGGUUUAUGUCAGCUUCAACUACAGGCUCAAUGCCUUUGGCUUCAUGGCACUGGAAAUACUAAGAGAAGGCUCUCCCACCAACACCUCAGGGAACUAUGGCUUCAUGGACCAGAUAGCAGCUCUUCAAUGGGUCAAGAGAAACAUCCAUGUGUUUGGAGGAGACCCUGGAAAAGUGACUAUAUUUGGACAAAGCUCGGGUGGGACCUCUGUGUGGACACUGAUGAUGUCCCCCCUGGCAAAGGGUCUUUUCCAUGCGGCAGUGGACAUGAGUGGCUCCUAUGUGUAUAAUGCAACUCUGCAAAAGGCUGAGACAGACAACCUCAUCUUUUUGAGGAAGACGGGCUGCAAAGACCUGGCCUGCCUCAGGAGUCUCUCUACCAAACAGAUUCUACAGGCCAUCCCGUGGCAGGAGUACCCAUCAUGGGCAGCAGAUGACUUCACUGAUCUGCCCACUAAAGGGAAUUUCAUUGGUCCUGUUGCAGUGGUGGAUGGCUACAUCCUGCCAGCUGCACCUUUUGAGAUGUGGGAGCAAGGAGGAGACUUUAAUGAUGUUCCACUGGUUAUAGGAACAACAGAGCAGGAGACUGACUUCAGCCCCCCACAUGCAAACAUUUCUGAUUGGACAUGGGGAGAUUACGAAUGGUUUGUAACAGAUAAGCUCAGGACCUUCAGUGCGGAUCUCCCAAAGGAGGCGUUGCUCCUCUAUCCCAGCUCAGCCUGGUGUCCCACCAAAAACCGCUGUCCAGAGAGGGCCUUCACCACCAUGGUCUCUGACAUGAGGGUUACCUGUCCCAACAAUGACCUGGCUUCUAGGGCUGCAGCGGCCCUGCACAGUCCUGUAUAUCGCUAUGUGGUGACACACACACCGUCUGGUCCUGUCAAUACGUCGGGUGGCCUGAUGCCGUUCCCCAGCCGCUUCUCUUUCCACUGUCUGGAUGCUGUGGCUUUCUUUGGUGGGCUAGACUCUGUACUGGGGAAGCCCCUAUCCGCUCAGGACAAGAGCUUCCAGAGUCUCAUCACACACCACCUUGUCAACUUUGCUAAAGAGGGUAAGAUGGUGGAUCAGUGGCCAAAGUACCCAGCAGCCAUUGCUCAGCUGUCCCAUAACCUAUCAGUGGCCCAGAACUACUCUGCUGCAAAGUGUCAGCUGUGGCAAAAGAAUGACAUGUAUGCUUAUGCCUGGAUGAACUGAGCACACACCCAGUCCUUCACCCGUGUCAGCUGCUGAAGCCAGUGGUUAUGUGGCCCCUCAGCAGGUCAGCUGGCCGCUAACCACUAGACUUUGCUCAACCAACCACUUUGUUCCACUAAGUUAACAGGCCAUCGAUCCUGAAGAGCUUCACCCCUCCUCCCCUGUCUCGGGGCCUGAUCAGUCUGAAGUAGCUUGAAGGGAAGAACAAUAUAUGAAGACAGUGGAGACCAAAAAUGAAGAAUGGCAAUGACUAUUCUGUAUAAGCACAAGUGUGUGAAGAGGAUUCGCUGUUUAUGAGGGAUAUGGAAGGGAAUGAAUGUGAAUGUAUGUUAGAUUAAAUUACAGUGCCAGGUCCCAGUUUUUCAUGGGAAAAGGACCCCAUGUUGAAUUUAGACAAUUCUUUUGACUACAAUGUUUCACAUAAUUCUGUUCUAUGCUGUGUAACUGUUGGAUUUUGUAGUGAAUGCAUUGAAAUUUUGCAUCAUUCACUUAGAAUAUAGUUGUUUCACUCUAAAAUGAAAUGUUGAGUCACUGUCUACUCAUCCCUAAGUCAGUUGAAACUCCAUCCAUUUCAUUAGGAAAGGCCAAAAAACAUAGUGAAAAAGCCCUCGUAGUUCCAUCUCAGCCACUGAAUUUAAUAAGGCAAUCUAGUAAAAAAAAAAAAAAAAAUGCAUAAAAUAUCCAUCAGAUGUCUCCAACCAGCUCAUGCUGCAUAAUCCAA